AGAAUAAUACUCAUCAUUUGUCUUCAGAAGCUCCACCAUUCACAGUUCUUAAUUUGGUUUCCAAGUAAAAAUGAGCUUUGCUUCGCAUUUGCAAACGAUUUUGGAGAAAUUGUUAAUUUCUGAUAAAAGCCGGGCCGUUUAUACAAAAGACGCUGAGGAAAUUCAAAAUUAUGUGGUAGAGGAACUAAAACGAGUAGACGCCACUUUUCGCAACGUUUUCGACGGACUAAGCCUGGGUGGAAGCUACUUGGACCGCGUGAAACUGGACGUUCCCGAUGAAUUUGACUUGCACAUGAAACUCAAAUUUCCAUUUGAUAUCAGCCCGAAUUCUGCAAGUAUCAAUGAUGGGUUUAUCUAUUUGGAGGGAACUUUGAUUGUAGCACCGUGCCAACGCAUCCAUCGCCUUCAAGUUCAAGAUUGGUUGCGCAAUGCAUUCCAUAAGGUGUUCGAGUCAUAUCCAACGUUUACCAGCUCCAGUGGCCAAACUUACAAAUUAAGAUACACUCUUGAGGGAUAUGGCUGUGCCCAUACAAUUGUAGCCGUAGGCAAAAGUCGCUCCAUUUCUUUCGAUUUGGUGCCGGCUUUUGAAUUCACGGGACGGCAAUGGCCACUUAAGGUUCCUCCAGUCCGUGCCGAGGUCCGCGCAAAUUGGCCUUGGUUCGCUAUUCCGCAAAAGAUGCUGAAGUCAAAGGCUAAGACCACAUUCAUGGUUUGUGCACCCCACUGGGAGCGUGAAAUGAUGAAGGGUUCGGAUAAUUUGAAGAACGUGCUGCGUCUGAUGAAAGGAUUAAGGGACGCCCACGUUAUGACGUUGCCGCACUUGUCCAGCUAUAUGUUGAAAACAGUGUUGCUCCUUCGAAUUGACGAAGUUGACUGGCAAAGGGACUUAGGCACUCUUUUGGUGGAGAUGUGGAGCCAUUUGGUGGAUCAUCUACGAGCUGGCCGGCUGGAAUUUUUCUGGGCAAGGGGACACAACAUAUUCGUGCGUAUGAAUCAGGUGGAAAUUAAGAAAUGCCUUAAAACUUCUGAGGUCCUGCUCCAGAAACUUCGUUCGGCUCAGUUGAAUACGGGCUAUCUUCAUGUGGCAGAUCUUUUCAAUUUUUCAACAUUCGUUGUUAUUUAGAUUGGAAUGUUUUUGGAUAACAACUUAAUGUUUAUUUUUUCCAAACUUCAGUCUCCACUGAGUUUGUUUACAUAUAAGAAAAAAGCUUAUGUAUGCGAAAACAAUAAAAUUGUUUGCCCGUCUCGGAUGUCGAAUAAAUAAACAACUUGAAA